AUGCUCGUUUUUGGCCUCUUUUCGAUUUUUACUUUUGGAGUUACUAAAGGAGAAGUAGAGAUUGAAAAAUUUCUUAAUUUUUCGAGCUCGUCGGAGAGCUCUGAGGAUUAUUCGGAGGUUUCUGAUGCUUCUAGCGAAAGUUCAAGUGAUGAACCAGAGGAAAAAGGAAUCCGGCCGGAUAAGACUUCUGAUGACGAAACAAUAAUCGUCAAGUCAGGAUAUUGCCGAAAAUGCGAGCGCUACGGGGGCGUUUGUAUUGAAGACAAUGUCGAUUCAUCUUUUGACAGCGCUUCGGAUGAUGAAGAUCAGGCAAAGAGGAUGAUCUGUUCGUGCAAGUUCAUGGACUGCGACCCGGAGUUUCUCGACGAGGCUGUUUCCCGACCUGUUUGCGAUCAGGAAUGGAUCAUUCAAGAGCUUUUUCAUUUUUUGAAGACUGAUGAAGACUACAUUUCUUCCUACUCUGAAAACCCGCUGGAUUUUUACGAAACAGAAGAUUACGAAGAAGUGAUUCUUCCAAAACCAACAUCAACCAAGUCGACAACUACCACUCAAAAAUCCUCAACAAUCGAAGCUGAAAUUUUGACAACAAAAGAAGUCGAUCCUGGAAUUUCGGAAAAAGACAGAACAACGGCUUUGAUCAUCGGAAUCGUCGAAGGACUUGCAUUUGUAACACUCGUUGCUGUUCUUACAGUCAGCCUGACAAGAAGCUGA